UAGAACUUCAGACAGAAAGUUCUAGAAACGCGGUUCAUACGCAGAGACAGAGUAGAGUCCCCAGACCCAGCUAAAUUCUUCUAGACUCCAAAACCCAUAACUUUAUUCAAUCGCAUCUCUCUCUCUCUCUCUCUCUCUCUCUAUAUAUAUAUAUAUAUAUAUCUACAACACCAACAUCAACUCCAAACAGCAAUCAAACAAGUCUCGAUUUGAAGAAGAUGUGUCUGGUGUUUGUGUGCGAUAAAGAUGAGAGGGUUGUGGCGAGACAACCAGCACCAGGGGCGUGUCCGUACUGUGGAGGAAUGAUACAAGCCAUCGAUGUUGAGUCACAGUGGAGGCUCUGUUUUCUACCUCUCUAUUUCAAUACCAAGCGCAAGUAUUCCUGCACCGUCUGUGCCAGACGUUUGGUGGUUCAGUAACAUACAGAAGAUAAAAUACUAUAGUCUUUUAACUUCUUCUUCUUUUUUUAAUUAAUGAUCGAGAUGUUAAAAAAAGGGUGA